GUUGCGUAUGCUUGAGUAACGGGGCAGGGCAAGACAACAAUGGAUUUGCUCUUGCUGCCUUUAUAAAGGCAUGGGCUCAGUAAACAUUCCUGAACUUUUUAGUCUCUGUCAUUGCCCCUUCCGUGUCUGCACGACUGUCAACUCAAGCAGAUAUAAGCCACACCUGCAUCCAAACGACCUAGACAUCUCCAUUACACAUCAGGAUCACUCGAAUAUUCGACUUCACACCGCCAUUAUGCUUAUUACAAACCUGCAUGCCCUCGUAGCUCUUAUCCCUCUUGUGGCUUCUCUACCCUCGAUGCCCUCGUUUAUGAACAAACUCAAGUCCCUCUCCUCACGCGAUGACCAAUGCCCGUUUCCAGACUCCUACAAGAUCACGUCGCUCCAGGUCUGGACACCAAAGAAUGGCAACACCCAUCCGAUUGUCGUCGAUUUUCAAUACGCAGACGACCUGACAAAGAUCGCAACGUCUUGUCACUACAAUGGAACUCAGCCAAACGUAGGACCAGAGGGCUUAGCCCCCAGAUAUGCUUGCGAAAACCCAACCGUGCAGUUCCAGUGGAUCCAAAAGACGAGCAUGCUGUCUAUCAUCGAGCUGGCAUGCCCCAAUACACCAGAGUCGGGCUUCAUGGCCUUGGACCAGAUGACCCCCAGGCUCAGCUGCGUCGAUACUAGCAACACUACCCCGUUCGGAGAAGGGUCGCAAUGCUUCUCUCUAGACUUUGCCAUCCUCAGAAAUUUCACUGCUCUCGACCCCAUCCAACCCCCAGGAGGAAACUAGAUCCCGAGAAGAGAAAGGGAAUCAUGGAGAAGACAAGGGGAAUCACGGGUGCCUAUGUAGUUGAUGAAGAAUGGGAUAAAGCAUACGUGGUAAUCGGUGAGGAAUGGAUGGGAUACGGGAAACGAUAGUUAAUGAGGAAUGAAUACACAAUAUCAAUAUCACACCAGGUCCAAGGUGGUUGUCGUCAGUGAGGGAGUGGUCCAGGUUCCCCUUGCAUGACAUGACAGCACUUUGUGAG